AUGAUGGACCGAAUUGCCUCCGCAUCUCUGGAGUGUAGAUUUAUGUACCUCUCUUUUGUGAACGCAGGCUCCUUAAGCGGCCGGCAUCAGACGGGCCCAUCUCAGUUGAUCGGCCUCCGCCUUGCCUCCACUCAGUCAUCUGGACGAUUCUGCCGGGCCGGCCAAUUGACUGGAGCCUUGGUGACGGCCGAGAGGUCGAGUCCCGCCAAUGCAGGCCGGUUCGGGCUGACCGGCGAGCCGCUGAACGGGCGGCGUCGUUCGAGGCCACAGCGGCUGCGUUCUCGUCCGGUCGGGCAGACGAACAUCACUUGCGUGUCGGUGUCGCAACCGAGCCUUCCACCCUGUCGUCCAGUCGUGGCGACUGAGUCCGGUCGGACCGAGCCGUCGUCGAGGCGACUACAGCUCGAGUCCCGUUUCGAGACAGCUCGAGGCCGGCCGGCCACGAGCAUUGCUGCUCCCAGUCCCCGACUGAAGGUGCAGUCGCCGAGCGGCUUCGCAAGUCCCGGACGGACGCCUUCAGUGGGCCUCCGAUCGCAGAGCAUGCCGCGCUCUUUCGUCCUUCCGCUGCACAAGCAACGACAUCUCAGUCGCCUGACGGCUCGAGACCAGCCUCGAGGCCCCUCCGGACGGACUUGGAUCCAGGCUCGAGUCCCAGACGGCGGGCGGCUCCUCGUCGAGCCGCUCAGGUACCCUGCCUCCUCUUCCUCUUCCUCCUCGUCUUCCUCCUCCUCCUCAUCCUCGGUUUCCACCUCCUCCUCCGCCGCCUCCUCCUCCUCCUCCUCCUCCUCCUCGGUUUCCGCCACUCCGUCACCCAAUCACACCGAAAAGGCUCGACGUCUUGUCGUCACCUCUGCCUGGGCGUCGGUGAAGAAAUCGUCCAGACGCACGAGUGUCGUCGAGGCGACCGCGGCCAUGAAUGCUUCUGGCGCCAAGACACCGGUACCUUCUGAGGUUGCUAGGCGACGCCAGUGUUUUCAGGCUGCUGGACGAGUAGUGGCGCCCAGCCUCGUGUCGGGGCAGGGAUGUGUGCCGUUCGUCAAGCCCGGCUGGAAGUCUCCGACCUACCAAAGAUGUGGUUAUUCGACCGGCCAAGAGACGCUACACUCAAAAGGGGAUCACAAGAAGAAUGCAAGUCAGCUUAGUUUGCAUAAGACGAUGAAAUUUGUUGUAGACCCUUCCAUUUGUUAG